AUGGUCCCAAGAUGGCUGGAGGUCAUUGAAUCUCAAAUCAACGACGACAAUACCACGAACGAAGAUCUUGUCGAUCUGCCGAUGUACAUCUGCGGAACCGUCCGGGCUCUGUAUCAGCACAGGAACAAGCCGGGUGUUGCCGGUCAUACGCUCACUGAGGCCGAGCUGCUCGAGAUUGACAAGGAAGCGAGACGUAUCCUGAUCCUGGCUAACAAGAAGGUCCAUGGGGACGCUAGACGGAAGCUCAGCUCGAGGAAAAAACUCCUGGAGGAUUAG